AUGGGUGCCCUCGAUGUCCUGAGCCGCAAGAGCGGUGUUAUCGUUGGCGAUGACGUCCUGAAGCUCUUCAACUAUGCCCAGGAGCACAAGUUUGCCAUCCCCGCUAUCAACGUCACCUCCUCCUCCACCGUCGUCGCUGCGCUUGAGGCUGCUCGCGAUGCGAAGGCCCCUAUCAUCCUUCAAAUGUCCCAGGGUGGCGCUGCCUACUUCGCAGGAAAGGGUGUUGCCAAUGGUAACCAGGAGGCCUCAAUUGCUGGUGGUAUCGCAGGUGCCCAAUACAUCCGUGCUAUUGCCCCUGCCUACAACAUUCCAGUCAUCCUGCACACCGAUCACUGCGCCAAGAAGCUUCUCCCAUGGUUGGAUGGUCUUCUGGACGCUGAUGAGAAAUACUUCAAGGAGCAUGGCGAGCCCCUCUUCUCCAGCCAUAUGAUUGAUUUGAGCGAGGAGGAGGUUGACUACAACAUCAAGGUUACUGCUCAGUACCUGAAGCGUGCUGCGCCAAUGAAGCAGUGGCUCGAGAUGGAAAUCGGCAUUACUGGCGGUGAGGAGGACGGUGUCAACAACGAGGAUGUCGACAACAACUCCCUCUACACUCAACCCGAGGAUAUCCUUGCCAUCUACAAGGCUCUCCAGCCAAUCUCACCAUACUUCUCCAUUGCCGCUGGCUUUGGUAACGUCCACGGCGUUUACAAGCCCGGCAAUGUCAAGCUCCACCCGGAACUUCUCGGCAAGCACCAGAAGCACGUGAAGGAUGCCAUCGGAGCCAAGGAGGACAAGCCGGUCUUCUUGGUCUUCCACGGAGGAUCUGGAUCUUCAAAGCAGGAGUUCAUCGAUGCUAUCGGAUACGGAGUUGUCAAGGUUAACCUCGACACUGAUCUGCAGUACGCCUAUCUCACCGGCAUCCGGGACUACGUCCUCAACAAGAAGGACUACCUGCUGAAGCAAGUCGGCAACCCUGAUGGCGAUGAUAAGCCAAACAAGAAGUACUUCGAUCCUCGCGUCUGGGUCCGGGAAGGAGAGAAAACCAUGUCGCAGCGUGUUGCUGAAGGUCUGAAGGAUUUCAACACCGCUGGCCAACUUUAG